AUGAGCCAGUAUUUGACAGACACUUCUCUCUUCUCAGGUGCAACAAUCCUCUGGAGAUCAUCUCUCAUCCAAUACUUCCAGAAUGUUUGGAUUCUGCCAGAAAACUGGCCGCAACUUCUCCUCCAACGAAGAGCUUCCGCGUCCACUCGCGAAACAGAGAACUACCGCCGCCAGAUCUCCUCGCACAGCACCUCACGCAAGACAUCAAAAUCAUCGACACGCUGUAAUGGGCAGAUCCAACGCCACAAGCUGUCAGCGCUUCAAUCGCGGACUAUCUGGAUGGUCAGGAGUAGGAAAGCAGUACUGUUGGGCCAAAUAGAGGAGACGUUCAAGCUGCUGUCUAUCACUCCAGCUUACAUUCCUCCAAACUCAAUCACUCCAAAUGGCUUUGAACAAGUUUGUGACGCAGAGCUGUCAUCUGCCCCAAUCCCACAGCCACGGAAGACUCUCGUUCCAAAAGGCUCCGCUCGAAAGUCAUCCACAUUGGUGAUCCCAUUCCUUCAGUUCCCCACCGAAAUUCGACUCAAAAUCUACAAACAUCUCCUGGUGGUUCCGCUCGAGAAAGUGUGGGAGGAGUGCGACAGGAAAAAGCAAGACGAAAGAGUGGCUAUCAAGUUAGCAAGAAAGAAUCUCAGACGUAUAUGCCGUCAAGUCCAGGGAGAAUGGGAUCCCCUCUUCUUCUCGACAACCACCAUUACCGUACGAAAUCUGGUUCCUGACUGGGACUCGCUCUUGGUACCCAGCAUCAAUCACAACAGACCCUUGAUGAAUUUCGGGGAAUUGUGGCACAAGGGUAGCGAAGUGAAUUGCAACUUCCCCCUAACCCGUCCAUUGGGAUCUGGAUUGUUCCGAACAGCCUUCCUUGAGAGACUACCUCACUACAAGUUGAAUGACAUUCGAAAGCUACAAUACCUUAUCAAAGGCCCCUCCUUGAACUGUUUGGACUUAGAAGACUUGAAAUUUCUUGUGAGAGUGCUCCAGGUUAUGAAAGAAGACAAUUUGAAGUCGCUAGAAGAGGUUACCAUCUGUUACAAGCCUCUGCUCCCUGCGAGUGGAUAUCUGAGGGUGGGCAACAUAUGGGCAAGAUGCAGUGAAGGGACCGAAAAGUGGGAUACUGUCAAAGCCAUUUUCCAACCAGAAGGCGAAUCUGGGUGCUUCAAAGAUUGGACGAUCGUGCGACGGAUGUCCUUCAACAUCGGAUCAGACAUCAAUCCCCCACGGGCGAUGUUCGUGCAGAAUUUGAGAGUCCACGAACUCCAACUAGUCUUUUGCAAGUCGCAGCAACAUCCAGCAACAGGAACCUCCGACUGGGUAGAGCUUCCUGAAAAAUAG